AUGGCAAAGAGGAAGAAUCACACCAACCAUAACCAGAACAGAAAGGACCAUCGGGGCGGAAUUAAAAAGCCCAAGAUGCCGAAGUUUUCUGAGUUCCUGGGGCUGCACCCGGCAACGCUGGCUCGUCUGGAAGAGGCGGGAAAGUUAUGGAAUGCAGCGACUUCAAGGAAAUAA